AUGGCUAGGCGACUUACUUCUCGUGAGUUCUCCCAUUUACACCAGUUAUCAAAUUAUUUUUCCUCUUCGAUCCGCCGUUCUCUCUCUCUCUCUCCUCCUCCUCCUCCCCCUUGUCGGGCCGCAACGGGCCGGGCCAAGUUUCCGGGCUUUCUCCGGGCCCUUACCGAGCGAAGUGGUCGCGCCGGGGCCCGGAUCGGCCCGUUUAUAUUUAAGACCCCUCCCCGCCCAGCCCCAAACCCUAGAGCGGCGUCGCCAUUCUGAGAGGAACGAGUCGGCGGCGCGGGGCAGCGCAGAGGGAGGGCGGCGUGCCGGCGAAGGAGCGAAAAUGAAGACGAUUCUCUCGUCCCAGACGAUGGACAUCCCCGAGGGGGUCAAGAUCAAGGUCAAGGCGAAGAUCGUCGAAGUUGAGGGACCGCGGGGGAAGCUCACCCGCAACUUCAAGCACCUCAACCUCGACUUCCAACUCAUCGAAGAGGGUAGGAAGCUGAAGGUGGACGCCUGGUUCGGCACCAGGCGGACCAUGGCCGCCAUCAGAACUGCUAUUAGCCACGUCCAGAACCUCAUCACUGGGGUGACCUCCGGGUACCGGUACAAGAUGCGACUCGUGUAUGCUCACUUUCCCAUCAACGCCAGCAUCAACGGCAGCAACAACGCGAUCGAGAUCAGAAACUUCCUUGGAGAGAAAAAGGUAUAAAUCUCGGCCGCGACCUCCAUCUCCAAUACUGUCUUCUUGUUUCGUGAUUUCCAGCAUUGGGAUCUGGCUCGUUAUUUUUUAGUCCUGUUCGAUAAUUGCCUCAAUCGAUAAAAUUGUGGUGCAGAAGUGGUCAUUGUUUGUCUUCCAAUGGUUAGUCCGAGCUACAUGUAUUUUUCCGAUAUACGUUGUGGUGGAUAUUUCCCGAGAACUGCCAAGCUGAGAUGAAUCCUUCUUUGCGAAAAAGAAAGCCGUAUACUAAGUAUUUGAAUGAAUACAUGUCAAAAUCAUUCCGAAAUCCUACAUAUUCUAAAUGCAUAUUUUUCACCUGACGGUCAUUUAUCUUUGAAAGUCCUCUUGACAGCUCCCUCUGAUGUCCCUCCCUUGUCUUAUGUUGUACUGCUUUUAGUCUGUUCGGUUAAUAUCUCAACUGUGAAAUGUUUUGUGCAGAAGUAGUCCUCGCUCGUCUAUCCCGCUUAUUUGAUCCGUAGCAAUUUUCCUGGCAUGCCAUUAUUUCCAAGAUUCAUAUCUUCUGAAACCCGAGCUGAAUAGGUUUUUUCUGUACGCGUUUAAUGGGCUUGGCCUAGUUUCUGUGGUAAUGAGCAGUUCGUUCGUAGUUGCACCGAAACCAGUGAAAGAUCGAACCUUGUGCACUCUCUUCUGUUCAUUUGUGUUGGCUGACUUCGCGGCAUCAGUACUGAACCCAUCAUCCAUAUCAUAAACUCUUUUUAUGCAUUCUCUCUACCAGCUAAGAUCGGUGAAAUCCCUCAUAAGUAAACUGAGAACACUGCUUUGUAUGAGCAGCCGUCAGCUUUGUUGGGGAGGUGAGGUUAUCAGAAUCCUUUUUGCACCUCGGGUCCCCCUUCUGUAAGAAGACUUCUCAGAUAGAACUCUGAGGAAAAUUAUCUGUCAGGCAGGGAUUGGUGAUUCGGAGCUUUUUUCUGGGUUUCCUCUCAAUACGUAAUUAGGGUUUACAAGUAGAAGAAACCUGGUUUCAGUCCGCUCAAUUAGGCCAGCUGAUGAUGAUCUUCGACGACUCAUCAUUGAAUCCAGCGCAUUUUGAGUUUCCCGUGUUAUUUUUUGUUUCAGGUUCGCAAGAUCGACAUGCUUGAAGGAGUGAAGAUCGUCCGGUCCGAGAAAGUGAAGGACGAGCUUGUGCUCGAUGGCAAUGACAUCGAGCUUGUUUCUCGCUCCGCCGCCUUGAUAAACCAGGUUCCUAGUUCAUUAUUCUUCCUUCGUUAUCUUCCCUACCGUGGCCAAGGAUGAUGGAUACUGGUUUUUCUGAGACUAGUGCUCAAUAAUCACCUUCUCUUGCAGAAAUGCCACGUGAAGAACAAGGAUAUCCGGAAAUUCUUGGACGGCAUCUACGUUAGUGAGAAGGGCAACAUUGCAGAGGAAGAGUGAGGAUGUGCGCCGGCUGAGUUCGUUCAAAUUCUCUCUCUAGGGGGGUCACAUUAUCAUUAAUAUUAUCAUAUGAAAAGAUUAGGUGAGAAACUUUUGAGAUUAGGGUUUUGGAGACUGCUGCUUCUGGUUGUGGCAUUAAAUCCCGGAAUUGAGUUCUUUUUAUCUCUGAUUUACUGCGUGUUUGUUUGUCCCGGAGAUUCUUCAGUGCGACUGUUUCAUCUCGUUUCCUAGUUCACUAAAAUUCUGGAGAAUAAAAUUUGGGGCAGAUUGUUGUUUCGACGCCCAUUAUCCAGCCUGUUAGCUGUGGCUUUGGAGGCUGUGCCCUGCCCUGUCCAGCCACCGGCCCGUGGGGAGUCGUCGGGUGGGAAGAUUGUCCGGGAGAGAUACAGCUAGAUACAGAGAGAGAGAGAGAGAGAGAGAGAGAGAGAGAGAGAGUGGACUUUGUAGAUACUUAAAAUUAUAAAUAUUACACAUUAUAUCAUUCAAAAAAUGAUUUAAAACCAUUAAUCUAGAAAUGAAGGUCAUAAAUAUAUGCUUUAAUAUUUAAUUUACGGCACAUUUUCGUUAGUUUCUCAAACCACUCUAAAGCAAGGACGGGAGAUAUUACACUGGGAAUCAGAGGCUUUAUCAUGAUUUUGAUUAAAACAAAUUUAUGAUAAAAAAAUACUAUUUGUUUGAAAAUAUCACCCUAAUUCCAUUUAUGGUGGAUUUGAUGAGUCACAUAGACACCUAUAUUUCAUUGGCACAAAUAACACCAACAACAAGAAUAAUGAAAUAAUGGAGAGAAAAAUAAAUUAAAAAAAUGGAGCCAUUGUCUACUAUCAAUAACCAUCCCCACUAUGUAUGCUUGAUUCCUAGUGGCGAUCUAUAAGCAUGAUGCCUCAGGACCAGUAGGCCUGUUAUUGUCUUAAAUAUUACUUUCAAUGAUCAGGAUUUUUUCUGAAAUAAAGGUGUGGAUUGAAUUGAGAGUAAAGUAAUUAAAUAUUAGGGAGAAAAAUAAAUUAAAAAAAUAUAUCCAUUGCUUACUAUCAAUAACCAUCCCCACUAGGUAUUAGUGAUCCCUUUAUGACAAUCAAUGAGCAUAAUGAGCCAGAAACAAUUGAUAUCUAACAUGUUAUAUAUUACUCUCAUUGACGAGCAUUUUUUCUGAAAAAAAAAAAGUAUGAACUGAAUUGCACCUAUUAGUUUAUUGUCUCCGUUCAUCAUCCAGUGAUGAAUAUUAUUUAUUUCCUAAGACCCAAGUAAGGUUCUUCUCAAGGGUUGAACCAAAAUCUUAAAACUAUUUAUUUUUAAAAAUUAUAAGUAUUUAUUUUUAAAUCAUUUAUGAUUCAUGUUGCCUAUAAAUCAAAGUAUUGCAAUCUAGAAAUGCCCAAAAUAUUCAAAUUUAGGCUCUCAAAUGCUAAUAUUUCACUACAUAAGCACUCCCAUUAUUCUCAAUAUCCAUUGUUUGAACUUGUUCUUCAACAUUUGAUUUAGGAGUAUGAAACAAUGGUCAACAUUCACAAUUGACUCAUAUUACUUUAGACAGCGUCAUUGUACGGUUAGGGACAUAAGAAUUUCUUUAAGAAAAGGAAGAUGAGCUGAGGAUAACUAUACAUAUAGUGGCUACACUAAACUUAGUGGCCAUCCUUGAUUUUUUCCCAAGGUUGACUUGUCACUCUUGAGGCAGUCAACUUGAAUACGACAAGUAUGAGGGCCUCCCACUUUCCACUACGGUUACCUCAUGGCUAGUAGGGGCAGUCUCCCUUAGUUCCAUAGUCAGAAAGAGUUAGGCUUGUGGGAAUAUACUUUGUUUCUCCAUCUCUCUUAGAUAUUCUGAUCCUUUGAGACCUUUAGAUUUUGCCACAAGCACCAAUCUUCACAAAUCAAUAAAUUUCAUUAUCAGAGGACCAAGGAGGAGACGGUGGUUUUGGUAAUUGUUUUAUAUCUAAUUACUAGUCUGGUAGUUGCUUGGGCUUAAGAGGAGGCACCAUGAGAACAUAUGGGAAGGGAGGUGGGGUGGAGGUAUCAGUCAGUGGUGGACAAUCUGACCAUUAAUAUUAUAGAGGGUUCAAAUUUCUACCAUAUUUCUAUAGUGGCGACAUAAGUAGUCAAUGACAUAAGAGUGGAGAUAAUAUCACAAACUAUGCUGGGAUAUUUGGGGAAUGAUCAUCUUGGGUUUACGGUAGAUAGAUACUCAGAUCUUAGUCCAAUGAGUUAGUGGGGAUUUAAACUAGGGCCAAUGAUGUCUUUGGUCCCACGUUAGUUGUAAGUGAGUUGAAAGAAGAGUGAUGUUCUCUCCCCCUCAAAGGUAUUCUGAAGGUCUGGCCAUGAAGUCAAGAUGUGCAAAGGUGUUUCGAGACUGAAGGGCUCUUAGAGACGAUCUCUAGAAGGAAGCUUGACCUGUCAGUGACCGUUGAUGUGGCAGGUUUCUCUGAACCUCGUAAAUCUGGUGUGUUCAUUGUUCUCACUAUUCUCUUCCUCUCUCUCUCUCUCUCUCUCCCUCUCUCUCGUGUUUCGUUUUGUAUUAGGCUUCCUCUAUACAACUGGGGGGAGAUGAGGAUGGUUAGGUUCCCAACUGACCGUGCUCGCGAGGAGACUCGUAGCGUGGUAUGGGAGCCACUCUGACCCUCAACAAGCUAUAUGCUUAGCUAUAGGCAUAAGCGGUCUUAAGGCCUAGCUAAUGAGUCGUUGACUUUGUUGUUUCUUUGUGCCCAUAAGCCAGACCAAUGACUCUAUGCAAUCAACUAUGUACUGAUGGUCAACGACUUGCUCUACUGUGAAUACUGCCAGAAACUAACCUCCCCUCCCUCAUCACACUAUUUUUCCUACAUGGUAUGACAUUUCUCGUCUCCCAUGUCAUUUGAGAUAAAGUAUUACUUCAAAGAUGAUGCUUUUUUACAUUGUUAAUAAUGGUCAGACAUCGAUUUAGUACGAGUUUAAACAACCGAUUAAACACUUAUCCUCUCUCGUUUCAUAAUUAAUUGGCAUCGAGUUUGAUGGCCAAAAAACUCAGACGAUGGAUAUGAACUAUGGGUUUGCACCAUUAAUAUCACCAGAAUUUUCUAGGUCCUGGUCUCGAAGAUGGGCUACUCAUCCGAUCAAUGUAACAAUAUUUAUUCGACUAUAGAUGUUGUGUUACAAGUGCGGCAGAGCGACGCUUAUUUCACCUACACGAUAAGAAGCAUGCAAAGAGGAAAAUCGAGCACUUGAAAGGACUGACGAUGGACUGAGUGAGCCAUGGAGAAUGUCGAUGCAGUAUUAGGGAUGACGACUGCGCCUCUGUGAAUUUUCUCACGGAUGUCCUCCAGCUCCGCCGCCGUAUCCAGACCCAUAUCCAGAGCCGUAGCCCGAACCAGAGCCGGACCCACCUCCGCCACCGCCUCCGCCUCCCCCCCCUCCUCCACCACCGCUUCCAUAAGCUCCGUUGCCAGCACCGGACCCAUAGCCAGAACCGCCGCCGGACCCGUAGCCCGAGCCACUUCCGUUCCCACUUCCGCCACCGCCUCCACCGCCGCCGCCACCUCCUCCGCCGCUUCCGUAGCCUCCGCCGUUGGCACCCCCAGCACCGUACCCAGAUCCCCCACCCGACCCAGAUCCAUACCCGCUCCCGCCUCCAACCCCACCGCCACCGCCACCGCCACCGCCACCGCCGCCGCCACCACCACCGCCACCGCCACCCCCUCUUCCAUAG